GUUUGAAAGAGUUUGCUAGGUUAGAUUACAGAUCCAUCUUUCCCGAAUACACCUCAGGUGCUAUAUUGUGAGACGUUUAAUUCAAUGAACUACAAAUGCUUGUCCUGAAACUACACUCCUCCAGGAGGCCGCGCAGUGCGUUAAUGUCCUAGCUGAUUGGCCAACUGCAGUAACCCAGGCAACUGCCCCUCCCACGCAGCAUCAGCAUCAUGACCGCGGGUUCUGCCGCAUUCUCCUCGCGCGUAUUCUUGCGUGCCUUGUCAUCAUAGUAUCACGACAGGUGUCGGUUUACAAACACAUUUCUUUCUUGCUUCUAAGAAUACAGUGCAGGGAGAAAGGAUUAAUGUGAAAGAGAAGAAUGAUCAUAAGGUAUUUUAAGGUGGAAACGAUUAAAUCUUUGGUGAAACUGCUACGGUUCUCGCGAGUCCGGGAUGGGAGCCACAUAUGUAAUGCUUCUGGAGGUGUGUGUGACGUAGAGUCCGAUGCAGUCACCGAGGUAAAAGUCCUGGGUAAACACGCACACACACGAGCAGAACGGAGGCCCGCGUGACUGCUGCAGGGAGGAGAGGAGAGUGGGGAUUCUGAGUGGUCCAUCCGCAAACUCAUACGGUGGAAAAAGAUGGAGCAAUAGCGAAUAAGAACAACACAAACCAACGGCGGUUCAAAAAAGAUGGACAUUCAUUUAUUUGCGUUCACUUCCUAAGGAUUAAAGAAGACAAAUUCCUUAACGCAAACGUUUUUCAGAAGACCGUCUUGUGUCUAAUAAAGAGCUAUAUCCCAUUCUUCGGACAGGUUCGGUGGUCGGACCUCCGUGAGGACAGGGCAACUCGUUCUUCGUUUAAAUGGUCUGUCCUCGUUACCUUGACAAGAUCCCGAAUCACUCGGUACCAGAUUAAUGUUGUUUCCCAUUUAUGCUGCGGUCCGAAGAAACGGGGGAUCAGACCCUUGAAGGGAGAUUCUACAGGACUGCGGCCUGCUCGGGGCUACCGUUACCGCAAUACUACGGGCCAUUCGAAGGGGAGUAGAUAUGAGAGAGAUGGAGGGAAAGGAACAGAGCAAGAGACCUGUUUGUCUUAAAUGCAUUCUUCUUAUCAAUAGCCAACUUAGGCCUAGGUAUUAUUUCCACUAAUCUGAAGUUUCAGAGUGGUCAACAGUACAUUACAUAUUUAAGUUUCUUUUAUAUGUGCUAUUGGUGUUUUCAGAUGCGAAGGAGUUUUUUGGCCAGUGCACUUUGGUACUCCAGCCAGAAUCAAAUCUUUUGGAUUGUGAAAGGGCUUUGGUUGUCAGGGCCAAAGGGACAAGGAGGGAUAUUUUUACAAAGCAACAAAUUAUUUUGUUCUCACUCUCUAUUACACACACACACACACACACAACACACAAAUACAACCCUCUCCAUACAACGACUAUGCCAUCACCCUCAGACUCCAGCAGUGUGAUGUCGGCCUCUGGGUCGCGAGGCUGGUCAGAUAGCCGUCGGGGAAUGUCUGGCCGUUCGCAGGGUGGGGCAAAGCUGCUGCUGUACCUGGGUCUCUGCCACCUGGGCCUGGGGGCCAUGGUCCUGGCUUUCUCCUUCACCAGCAUGGCCUUCACAUCUUCAGCCCGAGUCCGGCAGUCUUGUCCCUUUUGGGCCGGCUUCUUUGUUGUGGCAUCGGGGAUAGUUGGACUUAUCUCAUGGAGAAGACCACUAACUCUGGUGGUGUCCCUCUUCAUGCUGCUGUCUGCUGUUUGUGUUAUCCUCAGUCUUGCUGGAUCCAUGCUGUCCUGUCAGAAUGCACAGAUGGUCAAAUCCCUGCUGACCUGCCAGGUAGAGAACGGGUUGUGUGUGUGCUGUGCUCCGACACACUCCUGUUCUAUAAAUGAGGAGGAGACCCUGGUGCUUUACCUAAACGCAGACUGUCACUCAGUCAGACAUCAGCUCAAGGACCUGCUGUUCAGUGCCUGUGGUCUGAGUAUUCUCUCCACCAUCAUCUGUACUCUGUCCACUGUCACCUGCAGUAUCCACAUCUUCUCCUUGGACUUGGUGCACCUGCUUGCGCCCCAUCGUUCUCGCUCCGUCAACCCUGAAUGCACGACUCCUCAGGAUGCCUUCCUGACCAAUAUCAUGGACUUUGAAGAGUUUGUCCCCCCGAUUCCUCCGCCACCCUACUACCCUCCCGAAUACACCUGCAGCUCAGAGACAGACGCCCAGAGUAUCACCUAUAAUGGCUCAAUGGAGAGUCCCGUCCCACUCUACCCUACUGACUGUCCCCCUCCUUAUGAAUUAGUUAUGGGACAGAGAGCUGCCAGCCAGGCCACAGUGUUUGACGGCCACGGGAACGAGCAGCCUGGAGAGAGGGCCACGUUCACUGGUUUCAGCGGAGAGGUCUCCAUGGACAGUGGCUCUCUGUUGAUGUCGGAGAUUGUUGACAUUCCAGAUGACUCCUCCCCCUCAGAGGACUCCUGCCUGGUGGGGCUGGGGGUGAGGGCCAGGGGCGAGAGAGAAAGCACCGGGGGUGGGGAGGGGGGAGACGCUGGAGAAGGGGGGGAGUAUGUGAGCUUCCGUGGCCCCCCGCCCCAGGCCCCAGGGAGCCCCCUUGUGGGUCCAAUGGCCAGGCCAUGCUACAGGGGAGAAAGGUCCAACUCCUGCUCCUCCCCAACUACUGACACCGCUAUAUACAGGUCUCCAGUGUUGAGGCGCCAGGCCAUGUUGGCGAGUAGUUGUUCCCAGUUGGAGCUGCUAGGGGGCGCCACCUCUAACCAGAACUCUAUCCCAGAGAUACAAGUCCGACCCAGCACCCCUUUACGACGUGGCUCCGCCUCCAACACUGCAAAUCCUCCCAGUUUCUCAGCUGUCAAUCAGCAGGGUAACUGGGUGCCGCUCCCCCUGCGUCGCCGAGGUGCGGAGGGGGAGCGGCGGGGUAGUGAUUCACUUCUGCCUCUGGUGAGGUCACACAGCGAACCGGGCCUCAGCUCUUCCACUGACACAGGUGACUUCAGUGGCGGGUCAGUGGGUAGUAAAGGGGUGAGCGUGGAAGGCUCUCAGACCUCCACAGACACAGGUCCGUCCUCUGAGACGUGCCUGCUGCCCCGUUCUUCUCUGGUGGUGUCCUCAGCCCUCCCCAGGAAAGGCAGUGUAAAGGAAGCCGCCAUGGGGGGCACAUUGCCCCUAUCCAAAGGCCCCCCCAACUCACCCCGGCACCUGCCCAAAGACUGCCACCGCUCUCUUGGGGACCUCAAGGUUACGAGGGUCUUGGUGGCUCGCUUCCUGCAGCGCUCCAAACGGAACCUGCCGUCCGCCACAGAGCAUGCUGGGAACGUGGGACAGGGUCAGAAAAGGAGAGGCGGGACAGAGGGCAAUGGAGUCGGCCAUCUGCCCUUAGAGCAGGUGUUGUGGAACUCCUGGGGAUCAAGCCGAGGACCUCACCCGUCAAACCCUCCUCACCGCGGACACCAUCACUCUCAUAGCGACAGCCACCACAACCGCCGUCACAGCAACAGGCCCCCUGUGAUGGAGGGCAUCCACCUGCGCAGCUGCGGCGACUUAAGCUCCUCCUCCUCUGCGUCUCUAAGGCGGAUACUGACGGCCAACCCCCCGCACGGGUCAUCAGGGGCACUGUACACAGAGUCCGCACUGUGAGGGGGGGGGGGGGGGGGGAAGGGAGGGGGAAAGAGUAGAGAAUGGAGAAGAGGCGGCGUAACAGAGAUAUGCAGGGAGGAGAGACUUUGAGGGCGGUAGAAGGAGCUAGACAGGGCUGUUAACGUAUCCUGCCGGGCUGGGGACAGAGAGGAUUUCUGGACCUAUAAUGCGGCCUUGUUUCAACACUUUGAACAGCCUUCCUGCUUUCCUUAGAGCCCUCCUUGGCACCUGCGCCUGGCCUUAAACAGUGGUGCUUUCCUUUCCUGAACUUUAACCUCCUCCUGUAUUCAACCUUUCCAUUAGGCACUGAGUGAUCUGGUCUCACCCGAAUGGUUCAGAUCAGGAUGCUGGGAGUGUGGGUAAGUGGGUCUGGUGUCUAGGGAAACCUUUCUCUGGAGCUGUGAACAUCACUCUCACAUGAACCAUAUAUGCCCAUUCUACUACACACACACACACACAUGUUAGAUUGUGCUGCUCACUCUUUUUCAACCCUGAAAUGUAUUUUGAUCGAGUCCUGCUAUUUAACCGGAGUGACACUCCCUUUCAUUGAGCUGAUCUUUUUAACUUCCACUUGUAAAAUGAUUCAGCUUUUUUUCCUGAUGACACUGUAAAUGUAGGGUCACCCUCUGGAUCCGACUUUUAGCUGACCAUUUUUUCUCCAGAGUUGAGAUCACAAAGCUUCUGAGCAAGUGCAUAUCACAUCACGCACAUUUGUUCCCUUACCUUCACUUAAUCAAAAAAAAAGGUGUACUCCGUCCCUUCACAUUUCUUACUGUAAAUUAUGUUUUAAAAAAGUAAUGCAGAUAUACAGUGUUGUUUUUUAAUUAUAUACAGUAACCAGAUGGGUUUGACAAACUAUGUAUAUAGCCUACCUAUGUAUUUAAUUUAGUGGCACGUGCUGUUGAAUUAUGGCGCUGUACAGUUUUCUUUAAAUGUUAGACACAUUUUACACAGUUUUCAAUGUUCAGUUUGUCAUUUGUCUCUUGGCUACAAUGCCACGGAUAGCUCAGGAGAGGCAAUAAUCGAGACGUAUCUUCUCUGAUGCACAUUUUGCCGAUUCAUUUAGCUUCUUAUCACACUGCUUGCUCAGCGAGAAAGAAUUUGUCAGCACAAUACAGUGGAGGACAGCAACAAGAUCGAGCUUGCAGGUGCCUGACCUACUGCAGCAGAGACGAAGCAGCCCUUUCCAAUACAUCCCCCCAAAAAUGCCAUGCGGCAAUGAGACAGUUUGUGUUGCACUCUGCAGGACCCCCUGGUCUGACCUCCUGGCCAGAAUGCCACAGCUCUACUGUGAAGCAGAAACUCAGCACUACCACAUGCUGUUGAGGUUCUCGCAUCAGAAGAAAAUGCUGUGGUGUUUUUGUCUCACAGUAAACGUAAUAUGAUGCUAUUAUAUUCUGUUAUGUAAAAUACUAUUAUGUGAAUCUUAUAGACAUUUAUUGAGCUUUGACCACAUUUUAUUAAACAAGCCCACAUUGCAAUUAGAAUUUACAUGCGAAGAAGCUUCAGUCUUAACCUGUAGAAAGGUCAGGGAAAAGUCGGAUCUGCAGCCACUCAGUAAAAUGUACAGGGAAACAUGACACACAUUUAGUGAAAUGUGCCCACUGAUAGUGAAACUUAGUAGCCUGCUAGUGUUGCUGAAUGUUUUAUAAUCUCCCGAUUGUUUUCAUGGUUCAUUUUUCUGAGCUGAAUCAGCAUGUAAUUCUCAACACAUUCAUCUCCUUACUGCCUUCCGAGGAACUCAAACUGACCCACCAUCUACCCCAAACUCAAACUGACCCACCAUCUACCCCAAACUCAAACUGACCCACCAUCUACCCCAAACUCAAACUGACCCACCAUCUACCCCAAACUCAAACUGACCCACCAUCUACCCCAAACUCAAACUGACCCACCAUCUACCCCAAACUCAAACCUGACCCACCAUCUCAAAUCUAUAACCACCAUCUACCCAAACUCAAAACUGAGCCACCAUCUACCCCAAACUCAAAUCUAUAACAACCAUCUUCCCAAACUCAAAAGUGACCCACCAUCUACCCCAAAAUCAAAACUGAGCCACCAUCUACCCAAACUCAAAACUGAGCCACCAUAUACCCCAAACUCAAAUCUAUAACAACCAUCUUCCCAAACUCAAAAGUGACCCACCAUCUACCCCAAACUCAAAACUGAGCCACCAUCUACCCAAACUCAAAACUGAGCCACCAUAUACCCCAAACUCAAAACUCACCCACCAUCUACCCCAAACUCAAAACUGAGCCACCAUAUACCCCAAACUCAAAUCUAUAACAACCAUCUUCCCAAACUCAAAAGUGACCCACCAUCUACCCCAAACUCAAAACUGAGCCACCAUCUACCCAAACUCAAAACUGAGCCACCAUAUACCCUAAACUCAAAACUCACCCACCAUCUACCCCAAACUCAAAUCUACAACCCCAUCUGCCCACACUCAAAACUGAUUCACCAUCUACCCAAAAUUCAAAACUCACCCACCAUAUACCCCAAA